UUAUAUGGGUGAUAUAAUACAGAUACAGCCGUUAUAAUAUUAUUUGAAAAUUGAAAAGGCAUAACUGCUGUUCACACUAGAUUAUGCUCAGCUGGUCAAUGGAGGGUGUGUACAAGGCAGGGAGCCGAGAUCCUAACCUGCUCUACAUCUCCCUGAGGGACAAUGCUGGCUAUGGGCAUGACAAAUCAGCCCCCUCCUCUUUGGUUAUGUCCACUAGCUAGCUGAGCCAAUAAAUAGAUGACUUAAUCUGAUAAACAGGCAGUGCAUUACCUAGGGAAACACAGAGUUGCUGCAUGGGUGAUUCAACAAUUGGCUUGUUGAGGGGGGGAAGGAAGCCCACUUUGCUUAUUAAAGAUCAGCGAUGGAAGUGAACCAUAAUCCUGUAAUGAGUAGAGCAGAGAGUGGCCUCUUUUCCUUGGGCACAGGCAAGCCCGUGCUUGCAUGUUUCACAGGAAUAGAUUGUUGGAACCAGUAGCCUUUCUGUAAUGACCCCUCUUGUUAGCUUCAGAAAUUCAUAGCUCUUCAUUAGAGAUACGAACUGGUGGCUGUGUUCACCAAUGCAACGGGCCUUUAUUGGUCUUCUCUUUAGCUUCCACACAACACUGCAGUGUAACUAAACCAGAAGUUACUCAGUGAAGUAGAAAUGAUCAACGGAGGCAGUUAGUGAUAUUGUAAUGGGUUCCUUGAUAGUUAGUGGUGUUUCUUAUCAUCCACGAGAAUCACCUGGUAAUAAUAAUGCGAUUAAACGGAAGUGUAAAAGUUGCCAGUGUUGAAUCGAUGCCUUUCGGACAGAGGAUAACCUUCACAAUGACACACCGUGGCUCUGGUGAACAGUGAAGUGGAAAGUUUGAAAUUCAGGACAAUUUACAAAGGCCUCGCAAUCAUAGGAAAUGUAUAUGCGAGGAAAUGUAUAUCAAACCACUCCCUUUGAACAGCGGUAGUGUUAACUUGGUAAUAACCUUGUUAGUAAGUUAAGCUGGGAGCCAUGCUGCAGCUGCUCUCUUUGCACCGGGGACUGAGCCACUGUAACUUGCGGCUAUCCUAACACUUAGUUCCAUCUUCUCAAUCAGGACUGAUUUAUUUUACUGCGCCGGGGGGCUUGGUGCAUUUUCGAAGUGGUCUGAUUAACAAUCAUUUCUAUUUUAGAGUUUAUUUAUUCUCUAUCUGCUGUCGAUAUUCUCAAACUUACUGUCAGUUAUCUCAGAGACCUGCACCCUCCUGAGAUCAAAUUUAUUCUGUCUUUAAAUAUAUUUCCCGAGUAAUUAGAUUUUACAACUCGGACUUAAUGUUUCUCCCAUCUCCUUCUUACGCUUGCUUUCUCAAACGGACAAAAAUUAAAUUAACUAAACUGCAUAAUGCUAAUUUCUACUCAAAACUCCGAGUCCUACUUUGUGUCUCUCUGGCAGUGAGCUGUGUUUGGCACAGCAGCCCCUGUUACCAGUGCACGGGUUCAUAACUUUAGUGCAUAAAAUAUUUACCAGGACUGGGACUCAUAAACACAUCUUCAGUGGGACGCCAUGAUUUCACGCUAUAUCACAAACAUUUUAAGGCAUCAGAUGCACCGCCUGUCAUGGACUGUCAUUUUUGGCGUGUUAAUAAUAUAUCUUGGUUUCUUCGGCAGACAUACUUUGGCACUCAUGGCACAUAAAUAGGUAAAUAACGUGGAUAAAGGUAAAUAACGCCGCUGUCGUCACAGCUGACAGCAAAAACAAUCUUCAUAACUAUGAUAUAUCUUUUUUCUAUUUUUUUUUUGGUUUAUUUUUUGUUUAUUUCAUAUACUGCUAAAAAGGAGUCUGUCUCCAUAUGUUUUAUUCAAAUAUAGGCCCAUGUCACACUACAAACAAAUCACUUUGCUCAUAGCGCUCUUCUUAUCGUCCUAAUUAAGAGCUGUCUAAUUAAAUUACAGCCCUGAGUUAACCAAUCGCAGUACUUGUUUCAUUAGCAAAGCAGCGAGAGUGAUGGAAAGAAAAUCCUUCCUGAUUGCAGGAUGGUGUCAAUUGGCUAAUUUGCUGCCUUCCGUAACUCAAGUCAUCGUAAGGCGUUUCGUAGUGUUAGAUUAGGAAAGGCGUGUGCAAAAGCUUGUGAUAUAGGUUGAGCUAAUAGUAGCUUCCUAUUGAGCUAUGCAGGUCGAGAAUUGCAUCUCGCCGGCGAGUGAUCUCUCCAAGAAAUUUAUGAAUGUGGGCAGUGGCUUUUCGAGCUCCAAUGGAUCAGAGCUUUCGUUGCAGGACCAUCCUAUUAUAUCUGCAAGUGACAACCUGGAGAGAAGUUCACCUCUGAAAAAAAACUCCAGGGAGAUGACGAAUCAGUCAGAGGCAGACAAUUUUCCCGACUCCAAGGACGCAUCAGGGGACGUCCAGAGGGGCAAACUCUCUCCUGAUCUUCACGGAGUCUCUGACAUCCGUCAUAAUUUCGAUGGAUCUGCAGGAGAAAGGUGCAUCUUUUCUCCAUCUACCCAGCCGCAGUCAGUCUCAGCAGCUCCCAGUGCCAUGUUCCCUUACCCGAGCCAGCAUGGACCAGCGCACCCGGCUUUUUCUAUUGGAAGUCCCAGCCGAUACAUGGCACAUCAUCCGGUCAUAACCAAUGGAGCUUACAACAGCCUUUUAACCAACACUUCUCCUCAAGGCUACCCGACAGCGGGUUACCCUUACGCGCAACAGUAUGGACACACAUACCAAGGAGGUGCUUUUUACCAGUUCUCCUCAGCGCAAGCAGGACUGGUUCCGGGGAAAGCGCAGGUGUAUCUGUGCAACAGGGCCCUGUGGCUGAAGUUUCACAGACACCAAACAGAGAUGAUCAUCACAAAGCAAGGACGACGAAUGUUUCCAUUUUUAAGCUUCAACAUUUCUGGCCUUGACCCAACUGCCCACUACAAUAUAUUUGUGGAUGUAAUACUCGCCGAUCCAAAUCACUGGCGAUUUCAAGGAGGAAAGUGGGUGCCUUGCGGAAAAGCAGACACGAAUGUCAUAGGCAAUAGAGUUUACAUGCACCCGGAUUCGCCAAAUACCGGUGCGCACUGGAUGCGUCAAGAAAUAUCAUUUGGAAAGCUAAAGCUCACAAACAACAAAGGUGCCUCCAACAACACGGGGCAGAUGGUGGUUCUUCAGUCUCUCCACAAGUACCAGCCCAGGCUCCAUGUGGUGGAAGUAAACGAGGAUGGGACAGAAGACACCAACCAGCCAGGAAGAGUCCAGACUUUCACCUUCACAGAAACGCAAUUCAUCGCUGUCACAGCUUACCAGAAUACCGAUAUUACGCAACUGAAAAUUGACCACAAUCCGUUCGCUAAAGGAUUUCGGGACAACUAUGACACUGUCUACACAGGCUGCGACAUUGACCGCCUAACUCCAUCACCGGGUGACUCUCCGCGUUCACAGAUCGUGCCGGGUGCGAGAUAUGCCAUGCCUAGCUCUUUCCUGCAGGACCAAUUUGUCAGCACUUAUGCCAAAUCUCGCUUUCACCCUGGCGUGGGGACUGGGCCUGGCACGGAGCGCAGCGUCCCACUCGGCAACAGCUUGCUAUCCCCGCAGCAAACCGAGGAGCCCAGUGUUGCCACCCCCCCGCAGCGAUGGUUUGUCACCCCUGCCAACAACCGACUGGACUUUGCUGCCUCGGCAUACGACGCCGCUGAUUUUGCCGGUAACGCGGCCACCUUACUGUCCUACGCAGCGGCCGGAGUGAAGGCUCUUCCCCUGCCGACUGCAGGCUGCUCCAAUCGGCCUCUUGGCUAUUACGCAGACCCGUCUGGCUGGGGAGGACGCACGCCGCCGCAGUAUUGUGGUGUAAAUAGUAAAUCCAGCUCGGUCUUUUCCUGCUGGCCUACUAACACCAUCGGUGGCAGAACAGGCACUAGCUACCUGUCCGAGGAGGGAGACUCCAUCACCACAGAGAGAUCACCCAUCGGCGGCUCGGAGGAGACCAAACCUAAAGACAUGACGUCUGAGUCGAGCUGGAUUGAGACGCCGUCCUCCAUCAAAUCCAUCGAUUCGAGCGAUUCUGGUAUCUUUGAACAGGCCAAGCGGAGAAGGAUCUCACCUUCUGCAACACCGGUUUCAGAGACAGUGUCCCCGUUAAAGUCUGAGCUGCUGACACCGAGAGAGUGUGAGAAAAACUGCACAAAGGACAUUGGUUAUUACAGUUUCUAUCCUCACAGUUAAAACGAAGCAAAGCCUAUCUAUCUAUCUAUCUAUCUAUCUAUCUAUCUAUCUAUCUAUCUAUCUAUCUAUCUAUCUAUCUAUCUAUCUAUCUAUCUAUCUAUCUAUCUAU